UCGCUGCAGCCCAUUGUUGCUGUUCCCUCCUUCAUAUGUGCUGAUUCAUUCAACAAGUUCCUGCCUUUCUGUACGGGCUUUGCUGCUGGGUGUAUGAUAUGGAUGGUUAUAGCAGAGGUCCUCCCUGAUGGGUUCAAGGAAGCUUCUCCUUCCCAAGUUGCUUCAGCAGCUACCCUUUCUGUUGCAUUUAUGGAAACUCUUAGCACUGUACUCGAGAAUUUUAGCCAUGGCUACAGCUCGGAGGAUGCUUCUGGCUUCAUUGUUUCACUACUUUUUGGUCUUGGGCCGUUGCUUGGUGGUGUCAUUCUUGUUACUUUUGCUCUUGCCUUUAGUCUACAACAUGCUCUCCUCAUGGGUGUGGCUUCUGGAAUUGCCUUUGUGCUUGCUGCAUGGAGACCACUACAGCUACUUGUCUCCUUGAAAAUGGGUUUCCUUCCCUUACUAUCGCUGCUUGUGAUGGGUUCUUCACUUUUCCACAUAUCAACUUCCGGCAUCUUGAAGCUUGCAAGCCACAAAAGAACUUCAGUGGACAACUUGUCAACUGCAUCAGGGUUCUCUAUAAGUGCCCUGACCCUACAGUCAUUCUUGGCAUGUGGGGCUGUUGCCUUGCAUGCUUUGACAGAGGGGCUUGCACUUGGAGUGGCUGCACCGAAAGCUUAUGGGCUUGGCCGGCACAUGGUCCUUCCGGUCUCUUUGCAUGGGCUACCUCGGGGUGCUGCUGUUGCUAGCUGCAUCUUUGGGGCUACUGAUAGCUGGCGAGCCGCUCUAGCAGCUGCUGCCCUGACUGGCUUUGCAGGGCCAGUGUCUGCAAUCGGAGCUAUACUUGCGGGUAUUGACUACAGCGGGCUUGAUUAUUGGAUGGUCUUUGCAUGUGGAGUAUUAAUCCCAAGUUUUGGAAGCAUUUUGCGGCGCACAGUCAGGUUGAAUCGUCGAAAGAGCAGUUUUGGGCUAAUAAUAGGCUUGGUUCUUGCUAGUUUGUGUCUAAUGUUCACUCGAUUGGUUUGCAUACAUACCCCUUACUGUAACUCUGCCCCGGAGGCUGUCAAAUAGAAAUAAGGAUUCCCAGGAAACAAAGCAAAAUGAAGUUGUGAAGUUCAAAAAAGAAUAGUACAUGAGAGAUAGGUUUUACAAUUGUAGUAGCUCUCUUUUAUUUGUUUUCUUCUUCCCUGUCGAUGUGUAGAUCCAAUUGAAUUGACAUAUUGUUACAGGAGGAAAAACAAAUGUCAGCGCCGAUACAAUUAAUUGGGGUGUAUAUUUGCUAAGCUCA